GACCAAGAAGAGGAGGAGGAGGAUGAUGAAGAGCAGCAGGAAGAUGAGAAUGGAUCCACUCGACAGGGGAAGAAGCUGCACGUCCAACAGGUUUCCCACUUCCAGCCGUUUUCUGCACGCCUGUCAGCUCCCGUGGAGCAAAUGUCUGGGUCUCCAUCCUCAGCGAUAAAGCAGGAGCAGGAGGAGAAGAACCUGUCUCCGUCCUCUGGGAGUCAGCAGGCUUUCACGUCCCCCAACGGCUUUUCUGACUGGGGCUAUGAGGAGCCCUUCAAACAGAGAGGAAGUGGCAUGUGGGCUGAGGAGAGUGACAGCGGAAAAAUAAGAGGAGAGUCAUCAAGGGACUUUGCAAAGCUUUAUGAGCUUGACAAUGACCCACAACGGAAGGAAUUUCUUGAUGAACUCUUUGUCUUCAUGCAAAAACGAGGGACUCCUGUAAACCGCAUCCCCAUAAUGGCGAAGCAGGUGCUGGACUUGUACAGGCUUUAUAAGCUCGUCACAGACAAGGGAGGACUGGUGGAGGUCAUUAAGAAGAAGAUCUGGAGGGAGAUCACCAAAGGCAUGAAUCUCCCCACGUCCAUCACCAGUGCGGCUUUCACCCUGCGCACCCAGUACAUGAAAUAUCUGUACCCAUUCGAGUGUGAGAAGAAGGUCCUGAGCUCUCCAGGUGAGCUGCAGGCAGCAAUCGACAGCAACCGCAGAGAGGGUCGACGUCCCAGCUACACCAACAGCCUUUACCGCUACUCCCCCUCCUCACAUUCUGCUCCCCAUGCUCUCAUACCUUCAGCCUCCAUGCACAGCACCAGAGCCACACAAAAUGGCCUGAACACAUCUGCCAGCCCAAGCCUGAAAAGAAAUGCAGGGCAGCAUCACCACCACCACCAGCAGCAGCAGCUGGCCGGAGCUGGCCAAUUAGAGCAGCUCAGAGACCGGUUGGACCGUUCGGCGGGUGGAGCAGCAGCAGCCGACGGCCCAGAGAAGAAAAUGAUGCGACUCGCAGAGGAGCAGCAGCGCCUCAUGCAGCAGGCCCUCCAGCAAAACCUUCUGGCCAUGGCCUCCCACUUCAACCCCAUGAACCUCAAACUUAACAAUGGACAUGAGAGAAAACAGGAUUUGUCUCUGAACAUCUCUGCUAACGGCUCAGCAAGCAUCAGUGUGUCUGUGGAGGUCAACGGUACGAUUUACUCAGGCACACUGUACGCUCAAAAGGCAUCUGCUCCCGUGUCGUCACAGACCGUAACCCCAGCAGGAACAAGUGGUUUCAGUGCUCUUUCCUCCUCGCACAGUCCCUCCUCCUCAUCUUCCACAUCGUCAAAGGGUCCAAAUUAAGGCUUCUGAAUUUGUGCAGAAAAAAAAUAAUUACAUGUUUCACUUCACACGCCCCUUUGCUCUGAUAUGAACUGAAUGAUCUCCAGGCAAAAUCGGCUGCAACACUGCGAGCCAUCCAAUUAUUCUGAUUUUUUUUUUUUUUAAGCCUUGUCUUUCUAUAAUUUCUCUGAUGACACAAUGUCUAUAAUAAUAAUUCCUGUCCAGAGGACAUCAGUGCUUUUCUUCAGAGUUUCCAUGACACCUAAAAUGCAGGUUGAAAUCAGUUUACAGUAGUGCCUGAUAGUUUUUCACAUAGCGGCAUUCAUGUGUAAGGGACUUAGCAAAGAUCACUCAGAAGUGUCUUCACAGCAGAGACUUACACUGUGAAAAUCAACCUCUUUGGUGUUAGCUACAUUUCCAGCUAUUCAUCCAACCGUUCUGUAGCAGCUUUUGUGUAAUUCUCCAUAGAAGAAUGUGGUUGCCAAAGUGCAGCUAAUGAAGACCAAAAAGCCUUAGUCCCGUGUCAUAGCUCCUUUCUGUUUCACAUUUUGUAUCCGUUUGUUUUCUUUGAACUUGAAUGAAAACUCAUAGUUCUACUUUCCAUAGCAAAUUUCAGGGAAAAUGCAUGCCAUUACUUUUAACAUAAAUGUGUCAUAUCGUAAGAAAAAGUGUGCUUAGUUUGACUUUUUAAGCAGUUUUUGUAAUUCAGUGAUUUGUUCUGAAGUUUUCCUACAUUUAUUCUUUAUCAGCUGUGAAUCAAAGAUGCAGUGAGAAAAUGUUUAUGCAGGGAACUAUAUAUGUUUGAGUAUAUAGAACUAAAAUGAUACAACAUUUACCUCAAAUGACUUCCCAAGUUGGUAAGUUUCUCAGACUUAUUCUUUAUCUCAUAAUAUAUUGCUGUGUUAUAUUUGUAUGAAUGCAGAGAAUGUAUCGUUACUAACUUCGGCUUUGGGAGAAUGAACACUGACACAGUGGUACAUCACUCCACAAGAAAUAUGCAAUGCUAAAUGGAGCAUGUUUUCAUUUAACCAUGUGCUGAAAUAAUUUGUAUUUGGACAAUCAAGUAGACAUAUCGUUGCAAACAAAUGUCACUGUUAACAUAUCAACUUGGGGAAAAAACAACUGACAUUC